AUGGCCAAAAAUCUGUCUGAUAGCUCCAUAGAAUAUUUUUUGUUCGUGGAUUUACCUACUGGAUCAGAAGAUGAACUGAAAGAUGGGAAUGUUGACGGAAUUUGUGUUUAUGACAAUAUAAAUUGUUUGGAUAUAGAUGAUAAUGAUUUUCUAGGCAUAAAUUGGGGAACAAAUGCACUUUACUACGCCCCUCACUCCCAAGUUGAUGUAGUUUAUACUGACUUAGCCAAAGCGUUUGACACUGUUAAUCAUAGAGUCUUGAUGAAAAUUCUCGAAGCGUCUGGUUUUGGUGAACCUUUGCGGUCAUGGAUUGGUUCUUUUUUAACUAACAGGCAACAAUGGGUAAAUUAUAUUGGUGAAAGAAGACCACAAGUGUUCCAUGAUAGGCCUAAUUACUACGACAUUUUAACAGAAGAUGAAUUUAAGUAUAGAUUUCGUCUUUCAAAAAAAUUCGUAGUUUAUUUAUUAAAUUUACUCACAGGAAAACUGGAAACAGCAACUGACACGAAUAUGACAUUAACUACAAUGACUCAGGUUCUGCUUACACUGAGAUUUUAUGCUUUGGGCACUAUGCUUAUAUCAGUUGCAGAUAUGUUUGGUGUUAGUAUAUCUUCUGCAAGCAGAACAAUUAAAAAAGUUUCCUAUGCUAUCGCGGGAUUGAGUGGAUCAUUUUUAAAUAUUCCUGUGCAUAAUAUUGUUGAAACAAAAAUGAAAAUGUUUAAGAUUGCUCGAUUUCCAUUAGUCUUUGGUGCAAUCGAUUGCACUCAUGCGAGAAUCCAAUCUCCAGGAGGUGAAUCUUCAGAAACAUUUCGGAAUCGUAAAGGAUAUUUUUCCUUGAAUGUGCAAGCACUUGUAAAUGCAGAUUUGAAGUUCAUGGAUAUUGUUGCUAGAUGGCCUGGGUCUGCACAUGGCAGCAAUAUUUUCAGAAAUUCAAGGCUGUAUGCAAGAUUAGAAUCAGGUGAAUUUAAUAACAAUGCCAUCUUAGGAGACAGUGGUUAUGCUCUAAAACCGUAUAUGUUGACACCCAUAUUAAACCCGGUUGGACGAAUAGAGAUGCUGUAUAACGAAUCCCAAAUUAGAACGAGAAAUAUAAUAGAAAGGUGUUUUGGGGUCUGGAAAAGAAGAUUUCCAGUAUUAUCACUUGGUAUGCGAUUACAACUAAAAACUGUGCAGGCAAUAAUAGUUGCAACAGCAAUUUUGCACAAUAUAUGUAGAGAUAUGAAUGAGGAUUUACCUGAAGACAAUUCUGAUGAUGUCUUAAAUCAGUUAAAUGAAGCAGAAGACUUGACUGAAACAGUCCAUCGUCAUGAUGAUAAUGGUGAAGACUCAAUCACCAGAAACUCACUACUUAACAACUACUUUGCUAGAUUAUAA